AUGGAAGAAUUCAAUCCAUCAGAACAUCCUCAUCGACGUUAUAAUCCACUCAUUCGAGAAUGGGUACUCUGCUCUCCUCAUCGUGCAAAGCGUCCUUGGCAAGGUCAAACAGAGCCAGCUGCGACUAUCGAUAUACCUACUCACGAUCCAAAGUGCUAUCUUUGUCCUGGCAACACCAGAGCUCAAGGUCAACAAAACCCACAUUACACCGGUACGUUUACUUUUGAGGUCCGUACCCCAUUCACUCAUCUUUCGCCUAGCAGAUUCAAAUUCCUCUCCUCCAAUUUUGGUCUUUUUCGUACUGAAACGGCACGAGGCAAAUGCUUUGUGAUCUGCUUCAAUGCACAUCAUGACCUGACCAUUGCGGAACUUGAGGCAAAGGAGAUUUUGCCCAUUGUCGAUGCCUGGUGUGACCUUUAUCGCAAAGUUUCCACUGAAUAUCCUUUUGUUCGUUAUGUGCAGAUUUUUGAAAACAAGGGUGCAGUGAUGGGUUGCUCAAAUCCUCAUCCGCAUGGACAAGCUUGGGCUCUUUCAUAUAUUCCUACAAUUUCAUCCAAGAUUCUUGACUCCCAACGCGCUUACGCUGAGGAACCAACCGAGUCCAACAAAUCAAAUUCUUCAAUGGUCCCUAGACUGACAGAUGGAAGGCCAUGUUUAUUGUUGGAUUACAGCCAAGCUGAGCUUAAACCAAAACUCUCACCUCGGGUGGUAUAUCUUUCGACCCACUUCAUGGCCUGUGUACCAUUUUGGGCUCUUUGGCCUUUCGAAAUCAUGAUUAUGCCUCAUAAAGAUCACAUUCCAUCACUACUUCACAUGUCUAAUGAUCAACGUACAGAUCUAGCUCAUACUCUCGGGGUGGUCACACGACUUUACGACAACCUAUUCCAGUGUAGUUUUCCUUACAGUAUGGGUAUUAAUCAGUCUCCUCCUCAGCUUGAAGCCACUGCUCAACUUCAUUUAUCAUUCUACCCACCCUUAUUGCGAAAUGCGAGUGUGAAAAAGUUUCAAGUCGGCUUUGAGAUGUUUGCUGAAUCUCAGCGUGACCUAACACCGGAACAAGCUGCUCAUAUGCUCCGUGAAGCCUUGUCUGACACCCACUACAAGAAACGUGCAGCUUGGUUUAAAUAUCAGCUGUUCUCUCCAAGAUAG